AUGCGCCUGCUGUCUGGAAGAAGCGCUUCGUCGUCGUCUGUCACCCCUGUCCUCGUCGACCCCGCACCCCUUGCGUUCGCAGCUUCGUCUCGCUCGCUUACGCUCGUUCAGCUCGAGAUGGCCGACAGCAAACCACUGCUGGCGUCCACGACAGAUCCAGAGAAGGGCGCACCGCCCGACGAGCCUUCCAAGCCGUCCAUCUCGACCUUCGCCUCCGCUUCGUUGACAGACGCCUACGAACGCACGACGCGGCUCUUGCGGCAGGACAAGGUGCGGCGGAUAGCGGCAGCAGUAGUACUGGGCUGCCUCUUGCUCUGGACGGUCGGGCGCGGGAUCGUGGCGUCGAAAGAAGCGCGACUGCGACGGACAGCUCGCACGACGCAACGACUCGAAGGGUUCUCCGAAUCGCGGCUCGUACAGGUCCCCGAGGGCUUGCGGACACACUACGACCUCCCAGUCGACGCGCUCCUCGGCAAUCCUCUCCUCUCCUCCCACGAAGUCCCCGUCUGCCGCCUCAACACCUACCAGCAAGACCGCUACGCGCCGCUGUUGCCGUCGUACGGGGACGGCGGGAGACGGGCGAGGAGCGGGAAGCCGGUCCUGCCGCAUGACUUGCCGAGGAACAAGCUGCGGUACUUUGUCGCCAUCAACCUGUUCGACUCGGAGGACGUCUUGCCUUCGCUCAUCCGGGCACUAACCGGCGUCGUCCGCUCCCUCGGCCCUUCUCGCUUUCACAUCUCGAUCUACGAGAAUGGCUCGAAAGACGACACGCCUCUUCAGCUCUACCUCUUCGCCAAGCUCCUUCGACAACUUGGCGCGAGCUACAACAUCGUCAGCGAUCCACGUCGACGAGCCGGCUUCAAGGAGAACAAGCGCAUCGCCGGUCUUGCGCAGGUCCGGAACCAGGUUCUGAAGCCGCUGUACGAUGCGCCAAAGGGAACCUGGGACCGCGUCUUGUUCCUCAACGACGUGCACUUGUGCGAGGCAGAGAUCCUCGAGAUCUUGCUGCAGCACGAGGUGCAGGACGCCGACAUGAGCUGCGGGAUGGACUUUCAGUACCUCCGCAUCCCCGAUUUCGAGGCGUCGGGCUACCCGCUGCUCUUCUACGACGUCUGGGUUGCGCGGGACAUGCGGGGACUGCCCUUCUACGAGAUCAAGUACCCGACCGGCGACUGGAAGCUCCCCUCGCCCAUCAUGCCCCAAUCCCCCUCCCGCUUCCGCUACGACUCGCUCCUCCCGACCCAAGUCUUCUCCUGCUUCAACGGGAUCAGCGUUCUCUCCGCCUCGCUCUUCCUCCCUCCGCACUCCCUCCGCUUCCGCACAGACGACUCGGGCAACGAUGAGCACAGCGAGUGCUACCUCCUCUGCAGUGACGUCUGGAAGACGCUGUCGCCGCUCAACUCUGACGGGACGGCGAAUGCGCGCGGAGGAAGGGGCGCAAGGAUCCAGGUCGUCCCGCGUGCGAGCGUCGGGUACAAGGUCGAGGAGUAUGAGGCGGCUAGGAAGGAUCGCAAUACGACGGCGUUCGAGCUGGACGGGGAGGAGAGGAGGCAGGUUUUGGGCGACGAGCUGAUUGACUGGGAUCCCUGGCCGCCGAAGCUCGUCACGACGUAUCCUUACGGCCAUUGGGAUGAUCAGGUCCACUUCGCUCGACCUUCUCGCCGUUGCUCCUCUCGCUGA